AUGUCCCCACACCUGUUCCUCCCACUUGUCAUGAUGGUGGUCAGCCCCAUCCCAGGCACCUUCCAAGAUUCAGGGAAAGUGGCCUUGGUGCAGGCGGCUGUCAGUUCUACCCAAGGAGAAUUUGAAGAUGUAGAUUGCGGCCGCCCAGAGCCCUCUUCCCGCAUCGUAGGGGGCUCCGACGCCCAUCCUGGCACUUGGCCUUGGCAGGUGAGCCUGCAUCAUGGUGGGGGCCAUAUCUGCGGGGGCUCACUCAUCGCUCCUUCCUGGGUUCUUUCCGCUGCUCACUGUUUCGUGACGAACGGGACCUUGGAGCCAGCAGAAGAAUGGUCAGUCCUGCUGGGCGUGCAUUCCCAGGACGGACCCAUGGACGGCGCUCACUUGCGCUCAGUGGCCGCUAUCCUGGUGCCGGACAACUACAGCAGAGUGGAACUGGGCGCUGAUGUGGCUCUGCUUCGCCUGGGUUCGCCCGCCAGGCUGAGCCCCUCGGUGCGGCCGGUCUGCCUGCCUCGCGCCUCGCAUCGCUUCGCUCACGGCACCGCCUGCUGGGCCACUGGCUGGGGAGAUGUCCAGGAGGCUGACCCUCUGCCUCUCCCCUGGGUGCUACAGGAAGUGGAGCUAAGGUUGCUGGGAGAGGCUGCCUGCCAGUGUCUCUACAGCCGGCCUGGCCCUUUCAACCUGACCUUCCAGCUGUUGCCAGGAAUGCUGUGUGCUGGCUACCCAGAGGGACGCAGGGAUACUUGCCAGGGUGACUCUGGUGGACCGCUGGUCUGUGAGGAUGGCGGCCGCUGGUUCCAGGCAGGAAUCACCAGUUUUGGCUUUGGCUGUGGACGAAGGAACCGCCCUGGGGUCUUCACUGCAGUGGCUCCCUAUGAGUCCUGGAUACGGGAACAUGUGAUGGAGUCAGAGCCUGGGCCUGCCUUUCCCAGCCAGAUUCAGAAGCCCCAAUCAGGACCCUGGGAGCCCAGAGAAGAGAACUGUACCUUUGCCCAACCAGAGUGCGGGAAGGCUUCGCGGCCAGGGCUCUGGCCCUGGGAGGUCCAGGUGAUGGUACCAGGCUUCAGACCCUGCUAUGGAGCUCUGGUGUCGGACAGCUGGGUCUUGGCACCCGCCAGCUGCUUUGUGGAGUGACCCCGCACCUCUGACAGCCCACCCCGAGACCUUGAGGCCUGGCGGGUGCUGCUGCCCUCGCGUCCGGAGGACAGGGUGGCACGCUUCGUGCCGCACGAGAACGCUUCCAAGGACUCCGCCUCGGACCUGGCGCUGCUGCAGCUGAGGACGCGCGUGAAUCUGACCGCCGCCCUGAGUGCUGUGUGCCUGCCCCAUCCCGAACACUUCUUCCUGCCCGGGAGCCGCUGCCGCCUGGCUCGCUGGGGCCGCGGGGAACCCGCACCCGGCUCCAGCGCGCAGCUGGAGGCGCAGCUGAUGAACAGCUGGUGGUGUCACUGCCUGUACGGCCGCCAGGGGGCGUCAGUGCCGCCGCCAGGAGAACCGCCGCACUUGCUUUGCCCGGCUUACCUGGAGGAGGAAGAGGCGGGCCGGUGCUGGAAAGAUUCCGUUUGGAGCCUUCUGUGUCGUGAGGAAGGGACAUGGUUCAUGGCUGGAUACAGAACCCUCUCAAAUGGUUGUCUCCGCCCUCGAGCCUUCUCCCCACUGCAGACUCACGGUCCAUGGAUCAGUCAUGUGACUCAGGGAGCUUACCUGGAAGAUCAGCUAACCUGGGACUGGGGCCCUGAGGGGGAGGAGACUGAGGAACAGAUUUGUCCCCCACACACUGAGCACGGUGCCUGUGGCCUAAGGCCAAAGGCCACUCCAGCUGGUGUGUUGUGGCCCUGGCUGACAGAGGUGCAUGUGACUGGUAAUCGAGUCUGCACAGGGAUUCUGGUUGCCCCAGGCUGGGUCCUAGCAGCCACUCAUUGUAUUCUCAGGCUGGGCUCUACAACAGUGCCUUACAUUGAAGUGUAUCUGGGCCGGGCAGGGGCCAGCUCCCUCCCACAGGGUCACCAGGUAUCACGCUCUGUCAUCAGCAUCCGCCUGCCCAGGCACUUAGGACUUAGACCCCCUCUGGUCCUGCUGGAGCUGAACUCUCGGGUGGAGCCUUCCCCAUCAGCUCUGCCCAUCUGCCUCCAGCCAGGGGGAGUUCCCCCAGGGGCCAGCUGCUGGGUGCUGGGCUGGAAGGACCCCCAGGACAGAGUUCCUGUUGCCACUGCUGUCUCCAUCUUGACACCACGACUCUGCCACUGCCUCUAUCAGGGCAUUCUGACUCCUGGAACCUUCUGUGUCCUCUAUACUGAGGGGCAGGAAGAUAAAUGUGAGGUGACCUCAGCACCUCCCCUCCUGUGCCAGACUGAGGGAGGCCCCUGGGUUCUCAUGGGCUUGGCUGUUCGCGGUAGCCAGGAGCUGUUUGCAGCCAUUGGUCCUGAAGCUGCCUGGAUAUCGCAAACAGUAGGAGAAGCCCAUUUCCUUCUUCCUAGUGGCUUCCCCUACUGGCCUCCUGAAGACAGUGACCUCUGCCCCCAGGACUUGGCAGGAGCUGCAAGCUCCCCUGAGGUAGCUGCUCUGCUUCUGCUCCCACUGGCUCUACUGAUCCAGGGUGCCUGUAGUGGCCAGGUUAUCCUGGGAUUCCUCACUUCCGAGCAAGCAGACAUCUCAAAGCCGGCCUUCCAUUCCUUCGUUGCCUACCUUGAGUCGCCCGCCCGGGGGCCCUCGUCCUGGGCCAUGGCCCUAAGGGUGGGCUUGGGACCUGGGCAGCUAGAAGCUGUGGCCAUUCUGCUUCUUAUGGGAUUGCUCCAGUCAAGAAUGGGAGCUGACGGGGCUGAAGCCUCCUGUGGUGCAGUCAUCCAGCCACGCAUCACAGGUGGUAGCAGUGCAAAGCCUGGCCAGUGGCCUUGGCAGGUCAGUAUCACCUACGACGGCAUCCAUGUGUGUGGCGGGUCUCUCGUGUCGGAUCAAUGGGUGGUGUCAGCUGCUCACUGCUUCCCCAGAGAACACUAUAAGGAACAGUAUGAGGUAAAGCUGGGAGCCCACCAGCUAGACUCCUACAACAGUGACACGGUGGUCCUCGCAGUGGCUCAGAUCAUCUCCCACUCAAGCUACCGUGAAGAGGGCUCUCAGGGUGACAUUGCACUGGUCCGCCUCAGCAGCCCUGUCAGCUUCUCCCGCUACAUCAGACCCAUCUGCCUCCCUGCAGCCAAUGCCUCCUUUCCCAAUGGUCUCCAAUGUACUGUCACAGGAUGGGGUCAUGUGGCCCCCUCAGUGAACCUCCAGACCCCCAAACCGCUGCAGCAGCUUGAGGUACCACUGAUCAGCCGUGAAACCUGUAGCUGCCUAUACAACAUCAAUGCUGUGCCUGAGGAACCCCAUACUAUCCAGCAGGACAUGCUGUGUGCUGGCUAUGUGAAGGGAGGCAAGGAUGCUUGCCAGGGUGACUCUGGGGGCCCACUCUCUUGUCCCAUAGAAGGCCUCUGGUAUUUGGCAGGCAUUGUGAGCUGGGGCGAUGCCUGUGGAGCCCCUAACAGGCCUGGAGUGUAUACUCUGACUUCUGCCUAUGCCUCCUGGAUCCACUACAAUGUGGCAGAACUCCAGCCUCGUGUGGUUCCCCAAACUCAGGAGUCCCAGCCAGAUGGCCACCUCUGCAACCACCAUCCUGUCCUCAACUCAGCUCCAGCCCAGGGACUGUUAAGGCCCAUUCCUUUCCUGCCACUGGGCCUGACCCUUGGCCUCUUCUGCCUUUGGUUUGAACAUUAAGCUACUUAACCCUCAAAGUUGACCUUGCUUCCAAGACCGAGAACACACCCAAGGACAUGUGCCUGCUCUGGAGGGCAGUGCACCAACCUGAUCUUUGAGCCCAUUCUUCUGCAUGUGCUCUUUGGGAUUAGAAUCUAGGGCCAAGAAGUUACAUACAGCCUGUGGAAUGGGCCAGAAAUUUUAGCCACCUUUCUCUAUUAUCUGCAGCUUAUUUGUUAGGCUCCUAUGGAGCUCCCAGAAGCCUCAACUAGGAAAAUGAGUCCUGACUUUGACCUGUGUCUAGUGCACAGGGCAGCUGCUUAGCUGGCUGCUGCAGGAGGCUGGCUUCAGGCCCCACCCACCCCGCCUGAUGAGCCCAUUACUUUGUCCUCCUCCUGUCUCCCUUUCAGACAGGGAAGACCUCAGCUUUACUCCACUGGCUGCCAAGCCUGCUUUGAGCCCAACUCCUGGACUCCGGAGGACUGAGCCCCCACCGGAGCUGGCUGGGGCUUGGAUCAGGGUGAGGGAUAAAAGGAGCAAGGAGCAAAUGUUUUAAACACAACUGGCUGUAUGUGAGAUGAAAUGAAGAAUAUCACCCUUUGGCA